AGUAGUUUGGACGUAAAUUUUUCUGCGGCUGGAAAUAAAGCUCCAAAUUGACAGCAUGUCUAUGUCGAGUUCUAGGAGUUAUUCAAGUCGUCAUACAAGUUCCUCGAUGGAAGAAGAAAUUCUCGAAAUUGAGCAAUGUUUGUUCCCGAUCCAAGAAGAAUUUUUUCUCAAAGAAGAUUCCGUUUCCGAGGAAAAGUGUCAAUCAAUUGCAGUUAGUGAUUCUUGGGACAUCCCAAGCCUGCCGUCGUAUACGAAGUGGGAGACUUUGCUGGGGGAGGGAAUUUCAUCCGAGAUCAUCGAUAAGUUAUGCUUCAACGAGACGUUACUGAUAAGUACAGAUAACGAUAAGAUUGUUGGUGGUUUCGCUAUCCAAGUGGAAACUAUUGCCGAUGAAGUGAUUGCUGUUUUUUGCAGUUCGCAAUUCACCAUUGACGAUGGUAGAACGGCGCGAAGCGAAUUAUUAGCAUUAACUGAUAAACAAUUCAACCCGUUCCAGGAGAGAAAGUGUGAAACUGUUUCAUCCGUCGAUGUCAAACAAGAAAAACAGUUACAGUUAUUUUUUGAUGAGGAACAAAACGUUACUGCAUAUCGCCAAGAAAUUGAUGCGGAUAAGUCUGAGAGUUACCACGGAAUACUCGAUGCAGGGGAAGACGGUAUUCUAAUGCCAGAUGGGCUAAACGUACUGAUUAUGCGAUAUCUGAUAAUAACUAAUUUCGUCGGAGACAUGCACACUCGAACAAUUGAUAUCCAUGGACGAAUUGGUCAUUCUAUUUAUCAAAUAACCGAUGCUAUCCCAACCAAAAUAAACAGCGAAAUUCAUGACACAAAACAAGUAAUAAGAACGGUAUACUAUCCAGGAACAAAAGAACCAGAAACAAGUAUUAGUUACUAUCUCACUAAUGGGCACUUACUGCGACAUAACUGGAACAAUGCCAAUUAUUCGAUUAAAAUAAAUCCGAGAUCUUCUAUCUCUGAUUUAUCAGUCGGCAUGGACGAACUUUGUGAAACAAUGCGAUUGUAUCUAAAAGAACUUGGCAAGUUGUUGGAAGAAUCUCCUAUAGAGAUGAACAAAUGCUACACCAAACUAGCAAAACCAACCGAAAUAGUACGGUUAGUUCUUUCAGAAAUCAUAGAUGAAGCAACCCACAAUACUCUUGCUCGAAAACGAUCUUCCUCUGAAGCCAUUAAAGAUGUUCUUGUAGAAAUCAUAAAUCAUGGUGCUCGCAAGCGAUCUUCCUCUGAAGUCGUUAAGGACGUUCUUUCUGAAAUCAUAAAUCAAAUGUCUCUUUUAUAA